GCUCGUGAAAGUCGGAGAGUGGAAUCCCGGUGCAGGCGUUAACAUCACCGAUAGGGCGGCGUUCUUCGAUCCGGGCACGAUGAACGUCACAUUGGUGGUUAUCACGAUACUGACGCCUUAUGUUAUGAUGCAUCUUGGCAAGAAUUUUACUGGCAAUAGUAGAUUUUAUGGGUUUUGCGUGGAUAUCUUAGAGAGUAUCUCGAGGGAGGUCGGCUUCGAUUAUCUCCUCGAAUUGGUGCCGGAUCAUAAAUACGGUGCGUUGGAUCCCGACACAGGAGAAUGGAAUGGCAUGGUGCAACAACUCAUGUCGCAUGAGCAACCUUACGUAAUGAUGAGAGGACAGUCCAACCUGGUAGGAAACGCUCGGUACGAGGGUUUCUGCAUUGACUUGCUGGAAGAGAUUGCUUCAAUGGUAGGCUUCGAGUAUCGCAUAGACCUGGUCCCCGAUGGUAAAUACGGUGCAAUCGACUUAGAAACCGGCGAAUGGAACGGUAUCGUCAGACAACUCAUGGACAAGAAGGCGGAUCUGGCCGUCGGAUCGAUGACUAUAAACUACGCCAGGGAGAGUGUGAUCGACUUCACGAAGCCGUUCAUGAACCUCGGCAUAAGCAUCCUCUUCAAGGUGCCCACCAGCCAGCAGACGCGUUUGUUCUCGUUCAUGAAUCCUCUGGCGAUGGACAUUUGGCUGUACGUGCUCUCCGCGUACGUUCUCGUCUCGAUCACGAUGUUCGUUGUAGCCAGAUUCUCGCCGUACGAAUGGCAGAAUCCGCAUCCGUGCGAGGUGGAGAACGAGACCGUCGAAAACCAAUUCUCAAUGUCCAAUUCCUUCUGGUUCACCAUCGGCACUUUGAUGCAACAAGGUUCCGAUCUCAAUCCCAAGGCAACGUCGACCCGCAUCGUCGGCGGUAUCUGGUGGUUUUUCACUCUAAUCAUAAUCUCCUCGUACACGGCGAAUUUGGCCGCCUUCCUAACGGUGGAACGGAUGAUAACGCCUAUAGAAAACGCCGAAGAUUUGGCCGGACAAACGGAUAUUCCUUACGGGACUUUGGAGAGCGGAUCGACGAUGACGUUCUUCAGGGAUUCGAUGAUCGAGACGUACAAGAAGAUGUGGCGGUUCAUGGAGAACAGGAAACCUUCGGUUUUCGUUCCCACCUACGAGGAGGGCAUCCAGAAGGUGCUCGAAGGGAAUUACGCGUUCUUGAUGGAGUCCACGAUGCUCGACUACAUCGUUCAGAGGGAUUGCAAUCUGACGCAAAUCGGGGGAUUGUUGGAUUCCAAGGGAUACGGCAUCGCGACGCCCAUGGGAAGUCCUUGGAGGGAUAAGAUUUCUCUGGCUAUACUCGAGCUGCAGGAGAAAGGGGAGAUUCAGAUGCUGUACGAUAAAUGGUGGAAGAACUCUGGAGAUACUUGCACGAGGAACGAGAAAGGGAAAGAGUCGAAGGCGAAUUCGCUGGGAGUGGAUAAUAUUGGAGGCGUUUUCGUCGUACUUCUCUGCGGACUAGCUUUCGCCGUAAUCGUAGCUAUCUUCGAGUUUUGCUACAACUCCAAGAAAAACGCUCUCACCGAAAAGAGAUCGUCGACGGCGCCCCAUCAAUCUCUUUGCGCGGAAAUGGGUGGAGAACUGUGCUUCGCCCUUCGAUGUCGAGGUUCGCGGCAACGUCCGGCCCUUCGAAGGCAAUGCUCCAAAUGUCUUCCGGGCGCUACGUACGUUGCAGCCACCUUGGAUAUACCCACUCAUCCUCCACUUCCUCCUAGCAGGAUGCCACCCACCAACGGAUUAACAGCGCACGUCUGCCCAGAAGAACAAAUCAUCGGGAGGAUGGUCGAUCUGCAGCAUCAUCACGUUCAGCGCGACUUCGACUUACCAUAAGACGCGCAAUCAUCAGACCACAAAAGAAAACAAGAGAAGAAGAACAAUCAUUUUACCGUUUUCAUUUUUUUCAUUUUCUGUCUUGAUUCCUCCGUUUUCUUCGUACACCGACUUCUUUGUACAUUUUAAUUAAGAUUUUAAUUACGGCCAGAGGCCUAAUGACGAGAUGAAAGCCAUUUCUGAACUUGAGCGGAAACUCUGGGACGGCUGGGAUGGGAAAUGGUUGGUGAUGAUGGUGUUGGCGGUUUUGCAGGAAGUAGUCGAUGAUGUUCCGGCGCGCCUCCGGCCUCCACUAAUUGUCACCUCUCUCACUUUCCACUUCGUUCCAAAUCAAAUUACUUGGAAUGGUUGAAUAAUGGGUCUCUCUUUGCGUAGAUUCCUCGUGGUGCGAUUUGUGUACACACGGACAGAAAGAAAGAAAGAAAGAAAGGACGUAUUAUCGUGAUAAAUGUGUCUCAGAAUAAAGUACGAAAUGAAUGAAAUAAAUUAAAUUGAAAAUAUCAACAACAACAACAACCUGUUAUUAAAUGGCAUAUUUAUACAACGCGUGGUCGUUCUAUGUCAUCGGUAAUUCCACUUUUUUUGUUUGUUAUUGAACAGUGAAAGC